AUGUCGCAGGACACUGGAUUGUUCAGUAUCAGGCGGCCCCGAGAAACUCUCGGGAGCGUCCAGAAUUAUUCGGCACUUCCUCAACCAUCAUCGGCGCUGAAGCGCACAAGCUCCAUCGGAUAUCAGAAUCCUCCCUUUACCUCGCAGCACACGCGCUCUAUGUCACUGCUCAACUCCGCAAGUCGUCCCCAACAACCGAAUUUCCAGCGCUCCUCGUCCGGUGGAGCUUUCGGUGCUGAUGCUGGGCUUUCGUCGGUGAGGAGGUCUGUAUCAAGUAACAUCUUUCAUGGCGCCAGCGUCGGUCGUCCGAGUUAUGCUCCUGGGUCCCUUUCUGCCAACUCGGCAUCGCAAAGUCUACAGAGGAGAAGCAGUGUCUUCUCACGGCCGUCCAUGGGAGGCCCUAUGGGUCAUCAGUCCUUUUUCACACAAGUACCGAAUGCCGCUGGUGUCCCUCGGGAUCCCCGUCCCCUCCGAGAUAGGUCGUUUCAAGCAAGGAUUGGACAGGAGCUCCUCGAAUACUUAACGCAUAACAACUUUGAGCUCGAGAUGAAACACUCUUUGAGUCAGAACACCCUCCGGUCGCCGACUCAGAAGGAUUUCAACUACAUUUUCCAAUUCUUGUAUCACCGCAUCGACCCGGGAUAUCGCUUUCAGAAGGCUAUGGAUGCGGAGGUCCCCCCGAUUCUGAAGCAAUUACGGUACCCGUUCGAGAAGGGAAUCACCAAAUCCCAGAUCGCUGCUGUGGGAGGGCAGAAUUGGCCUACGUUCUUAGGUAUGCUGCAUUGGCUGAUGCAGCUGGCUCAGAUGAUGGAUCGUUUUCAGCUUGGAGAGUACGAUGAAGCCUGUGCGGAAAUGGGUGUGGAUGUGUCAGGGGAUCGAAUCAUUUUUCGAUUUCUGACUGGGGCAUACCACGAUUGGCUGGCAGGUGGUGAAGACGAGGACGAUGAGUCGGCCGAACAGCGCCUUGUCCCCCAUAUUGAAUCAAUGGCCCGAGAUUUCGAAAAGGGAAAUGAAAAACAUGUGCAGGAAAUGGAGGUCUUGGAAGCAGAGAACCGAGCGCUUCGCGAUCAAAUUGAAGAGUUGGAAAAGAAUGCCCCCGACAUGGCCAAAUUGGACAAGCAUUUUAGGAUUUUGGAGGAUGACAAACGCAAAUUCGAGGACUACAACCAGAACGUCCAAGGAAAGAUUGAGAAAUACGAGAACCGCAUCAAAUUCUUGGAGGAUGAGAUCAAGAAAGUCGAAAUCGAUCUUCAAGCAGCCGAAGAGGAGCGAGCUGGCCUCCAGGCCAGCGUCGAUCAACAAGGACUUACUAUUCAGGAUAUCGAUCGCAUGAAUACGGAGCGGGAUCGACUUCAGAAAAACCUUGAGGAUACGACAGGCCGCUUGGAAGAGACGCAUGCAAGGGUCAUGGAUAAAGAAGCAGAAGCUAGUAGAAAGCUCGAGGACUUGGAGGAGAUCGUCAAACUUUACAACACACUUGGCUACCAGACAAGUCUCAUACCUUCUUCUGCCGUUAACGCCAAGGGCCAGGAUUAUGAGCUAAGCCUGAACAUCAACGAGAAUAACUUUUCGGCCUCGCAGAUUGGUGGCUUGCCAAACAGAAUCUCUUCUGAAGGUGACCGACUUCUGGCUGAGCCGUUCACAGGCUAUCAUCCAGCACAUUUGCUUAGUCUGGAUCUUCGAGGCAUGGUACGCAGUAGCUUGCAGUCUCUCCGAAAAGAAAUCAAUGAGCGACGGAAGCGUGCGAUUGAUGAUGAUCUGGAGCGGCGCAACCUCCUAGAUAAUAUCAAGGAGGCAAUGGAUGAGAAACGAAGUGAGGUUGAAGCCUUGGAGCAUAAGCGGCGAGCAGCUGAAGAAGAGUUCGAACGCCUGAAAGAGAUCACCACCACCCAGAAGCUCGCUUCAGACGCGCAAAUUGAGAAGAUGGAGAAGGAAUUGGCCAAGAUGCGGGCAACGUUGAGUGAGAGUGUGCAGUUGAUGGAGCAGCGCGAAAUGAACACGAAUAUCGAGUACGAACAACUUACCCUUCGGGCAAAUGCUCUACGAGAAGAGCUUCACACCAAUGUUGAAAGCAUGUUGAAUGACGUGAUUCGAUUCAAGGUGCACGUUCAGAAGGGCCUUGAGGACUAUGAAAGUUUUGUUGUCGACGAGGUCGAGCAGGAGCUGGGAGGUGAUCUGCCCAUCACGGAGGACGUCACUGCGCAUUUUGAGGAAAACUGA